AUGUGUAAUCCUCGAAAUUAUAGUGACACGCCUCCAACUUCAAAGAGCACUGUGGAGGAGCUGCAUGAGCCCAUCCCUUCUCUCUUCCGGGCCCUCACAGAAGGAGACACACAGUUAAAUUGGAACAUUGUCUCCUUCCCAGUUGCAGAAGAGCUUUCACAUCAUGAGAAUCUGGUUUCAUUUCUAGAAACUGUGAACCAGCCUCACCACCAAAAUGUAUCUGUUCCCAGCAAUAAUGUUCACGCACCAUAUUCUAGUGACAAAGAACACAUGUGCACUGUGGUCUACUUUGAUGACUGCAUGUCCAUACAUCAGUGCAAGAUAUCCUGUGAGUCCAUGGGAGCAUCCAAGUACCGCUGGUUCCACAAUGCCUGCUGCGAGUGCAUUGGGCCCGAGUGCAUUGACUACGGCAGUAAGACUGUUAAGUGCAUGAACUGCAUGUUUUAA